GUUCAAGCCUUUGAGAGAACUGAUUCCCUGAUAUUGCCACCAGGAAAAAACUGGCUUAAAAUACAGGCAUCUGGAAUCAAGAAUUCAAAUGUGGUUUCAGAACCAAAGAUCUUUGUACCCUGACCAGAGCAGAAAGCAGCUAAAUUUCUUGGUCCAUGGCCCAAACAGGAGACCAGAUCUGACUAUUCAGCAGCACCAAACCGACCUGUACACUAUCCGAGGCAAGUCUCAUCAUUUUUCUUCCUUUAAUUCUUUCAGCAAGAACCAAAAAUUUCCACCUUCUCUUCUUCCAUCCCAUGUGUCAUUUGUUCCACGGGAUUCCUUCAGGUCGUGUGAGCCGAGGACCGAUGUCAUGAUCACGCUGCCCGCACAGGGCGUGCAGGGAGAGGAGAACUCUGACCCCCCUCUGAUGCUUAUGAAUCACUAGCCAAUACUGCCAGCUCUGGGAGAGGACUUCUCACGUACUCACACUCCUUUCUGGAUCCAAUACCAAGAAAAAUGUCAAAAUCACAAAGAACAUACUGGCACAGGAGUACCACGGUUAAAGAGCUAUUCUCAGCCUCAUCCUGAGCACAAAAAACAACAAUCUCAGGAUGUGGGUCAGAUUCACAUAUCUUACAUUAUGCAGUGGUGGGAUGAGGGCCACCACGCUCUGAUUGCAGAAAGGGACCCUCUCAAGGGGACACAGAGAAACAGAAUUGUGGCAGCAGGAGGCAUAGUUAACUGGAGAGCCAUCUCAUCCACUUGGUCAACUGCAGCAGUGAUAUGUAGAAACUUCAAGCCUUUAGAUCAACUCCUUUCAUCUACAGAUUUUCAGUAA